GUGUUGAUUAGUGAGAAUGACGUCACGGAAAGUGCUCAAGAUCUUCAAGCCGCUCCAGAUCCUGGCUACCAUCACGAGGUAAAUGUUUUUAUUGUCUUCCUUGAACAGAGCAUGUCAUUCUGGUAAAUCUUCAGUGACAUCUAAAGAAAAGCAAUAUGGAUUAAACAACAUAAUCUUAAUGGACUUCGUACCAAGACAGUACACCUAGCUGCAAGAAAACAUUUUUGCAUACCAUGAGCUUAGACUAAACGAUGAUGUUGUGUUCAAUAGACUUGUAGCACCCAAUCCCUAAUGUACCGUCUGUAUAGGCGUACUUGAAUUUUAUUUUAAAAUGUUGCUCUCAUAGUAAAAGGAGCAUUAGAAACACUUGUUCCUCGAAACAUUUAAGGUCAUUAAAAAAUAAGGACCAAGUCAAGGACCAAGUCGAAAAUUCCAAUCAAAUGAGGAGGUAACAAGAUUACAAGUUUGGUGAUCCUUUGCAACUUUACAACCAAGAAGAGUUUGCUCAGUCAAGGCUGAAAUUCUCAGAUUAACGACAGUUUAGAUCAUUUUCAGUCAAACUUUGUCAAAAACAUCUUCCUUUAAGUGCCAAACACGGCGUAACGGGCUAUAGAAAUACUAAACAAAUAUUAGGCCAAGUCAUGUGACGUAGCCAUGCCCAUCCUGAAUGUUUCUGAGUCAGUCAUGAGCAGUAGAACUGUGAUACAAAACAUUGUGAUUUUUUCCCCUUAGGAACAAUACAGUGAGAGAGGGCGUUUGGUGCGACAAUGCACGGACCUAGGUGGUGGACAUAACCCUGUUUGGUAAGAAAGUCCGAAAUGCAAACAAAGAAAAUGUGUUCUUAAACCAAAGUCAUUUCUAAAUACUAACUGCUUUUGAAUAUCUUUUCUUCUAGCGGUACAGCAUGUCUAAGGGUUCCUACUGGGCCAGAGGUAAGAGUGCUAAAGCUAGGCAAUUAACUUUCUUAUCAAGACUGCAACAUUUCAUUAAUGAUAAACUAAUGAUCUUUACUGACUUGGGGUGGCCAAGCAAACGCACGAUAGUCAGUGCAAUAUAUAGUGGACUUCGAACAGGUUUUCGGCGGCCAUACCCGCCCGAUAUUUUUAGCUAUUUUUUUUUUUAUCGCAAUUUCUUUCCUUUUUCGGUCGCCACAAAAUUUUUAACACUGACUUUGGACUGAACUUUGUCAAAAUUUAAGUGAAGUGACCUGUAACAUAAACAGCUCAAGCUGAUUUAGUUUUCACUUUUAUCUCUCAUAGGAAAACCAGGACUCUGAUCCCACUGUGUUAGUCAUUUUAAUUAUUCUCUUGUUUUUGGUCUCUAAAAGAUCAUAUCUGUUAGAUUUUGUAUACGUUUUAAUUUAUGUGUUGUUCAAUUAUAUAAAGAAAACGUUCACUUCCUAGUCGUGCAGUGAUAACACAGUAAUGCAGCAAAAAGUGUAAAGAACAUGCAAGGUUGUUGUGUUGCUUAUUAAACCAGUUAUGUUUUUGACGUUCUUGUUGCCGUGACAAGUUAAAAUUCCUCACAAGUUGUAAAAGUAGUGUACAAGGCAAGAUACUUAAAUAGCACCAAGAUAAAAAGUGUCUAACGGGACAUAAUGCGAUAUUUAAAGAACACAUACACAUUAAAAAAAAUGGAAAUACCCAACUGACUGAGAGGUACAAAUUUCUUAUUCGGGUGUAUAAUCAGUUAAAAGAAUCAAAUCAGCUGAGAAGAGGCAAAACACAAUUUUAAUCCCCCUCUAUUUCACUUUUAAAGGCCUGCCAAGCAGGCCAGCGAGCAAGCCAUGUUCUCAAUCCUCUUAGUAAAAGCUACAGAUGGUUUCCUUGACAUACACUCUUUCAGCUUCCUAACUAAUCCUACUACAGUGAAACGUCGAUACAACGAAGGGCUAAGGGGCUGGUUAAAUAUGUUUGCCAUACCUAAGUUUCGUUAUAUCGAGGUUCAUUUCCAUAUACUUUUUCUAGUUCUGGGGUAAGGUAACUUUUGUUAAAUAAGGGUUCGUUAUUUCAGUCCAGGUUUCUCGGUUCGGAAGUAGAGUAACUUAGAGGAUGUGUUAAAAACAUACCCAAUACGGAACUCAGCCAUGCAUGUUGAUGCAAAUAGCCAACUCGCCAGCAUCCCCCAAGGUGUAACAUCGAACAAAUCGUAAAGUUGCUUUUACCAUCGAAAAAAGAAGACUGAUUGGGUCCUCAGCUUUUAGUCUCAAAAAAAUCGACGGACUAAAUUUCUUUUACGCCAUUUCUUUCUGACUUGUACUAUACGUUAAAAAGUACACUCUAAAUCGAAAAGUGUAGAUGAAAAAUUCAAGGAAUUUGAGUCUGUUUUUCUCGGAACUGUGUUUAAGACACUAUUAAGAUUGACAUUUCUUUUUUCUUGGAAAAAUUAUACAUGCAGUCUCCAUGGCAACUCAAAGUUAAACAAAUCGAAACAUCACCACAAGAUGUAUUAUUCCUAGGAGGUCGGAAAAGCUCAAAAAGCAAAAGUUUGUGGCAACAAUACCACGAUUUUCAACUGAACUCUUGAUGCCUAUUAUGCGGUUGGCAACUGGAAAAAUGACUACGACACAUGAUAAAUACAAGAAUAAAGACGGAGUAUAUAAUGCCAUAACAUCAUACGGUAUGGUACGAAACAUCAGUAAAUGGUAAAUUCCUCACCCUUUAGGCAAGUUAUCAUAAACCUUGACCGAUCUUAAUUCCGUCAUAAUUCCACGUUUAAGUUUAUACAAUUUCUAGCCGGAAAACAGCUACACACAGGACGUUUACUGUAAUCGUCGUUAAAUAUUCUUAAACAUAUUUUCCAUUCAAAAAGGACAAUAGUGCUACUCGAAUCGAUUUACUCUUUUGACCCGGCCUUCCUUUCAGGAAGAGAUGGGUAUAGUUCUGGCCAGGGUAUUUUAUUCGUCGACAAAUAGCCGUCUGCUCUUUGAGAAGCGCAUGCCUGACAUGGCGAAAUAUCACGUGGUCAAUUUUCGGCAAAUUCAUUGGCUUAGAGCCAAAAUCCCCUUGACAUGUUGUCGAGAUGAAACAACAAAAGCCAGCUGUUUUGUUAGUCGGUAGCGUUAACUUGCGGUUUUCUAGCCUCUAUGAGAGAUCGACAAAUAUUUUGGUCGAAAUAUUUAGUGACGUGUUGUCUAGAGGAUAAUGCAUCCUGGAACUGUCAGACAAACACAGUGGCUCGAUCCGUUUAAUCGAGAUGGGCGUUGCGAUCGCUAGUUGCGAGAGGAAGACAUGCUAAAAAACAGUAAAAAGGUGGGUAACUUUCACUUUUUAUGUUUAAUGCAAGUCACGAGAAUUUAUAUGGCAGUUGAAGAAAAACUAUUGGGCUUUGUUUUGGUGAGUAAGCGUGCACCGAGUUGCACGGAAGCAGCAGUUUUGUAAAACGUAUGGACCCUUUUUGUGCUGAAUUUCGAUGAAUUGUACAACUUGACUGUUCGAUCUAAAUAAAGACGUCCUUUUAAUAUACGUCACGUCACUGUAAACACCUUAAAAAUUUUAUGCUUUAUAGUUGUUAUCGAAAACAGUAAGACAAUUGCUUUGAUUUUUAAACAAUAAAGCAUAGUUAGCACCUAGUUGCAGGAAAAUGGCAAUUAAUUACCGUUUAUGGCUCAAAUUGUAUUUCAAUGGCUUUAGCAAGUUUAAUUUUUUGGAAGCUUUUUGAUGAAUUUUUAAUAUAUGCGCUCGCCAAGAUAAGUUAGAAGACAAGGUCAAACUUAGAUGUUCAUGAACUGUCACAUCCUCAAUAAUACUAUUGUUCAAAAUCAACGGGGGUGCAAAAGCUUACCUCUUUUUGUCGAAAAAAUAAUUGAUUUAGUCUUACAUUCAUUCAUAGUCACCAACCACCGUUUAGCCCAAUCAGAUAUUGAUGUCAAGUCAUGAUUUAGUUUGGAAGCGCAAUCACUAGGAGACUGGACUUUUUCCAGCCCAAAAAAAUUCAUCACAAAAAAAAAGCAGGGAGAAAAGAUUGUGACUGGUAGGUCAUUAAUGUAAACAAGAAACAAUAAUGGACCUAAGACUGAUCCCUGGGGGACACCCGCCUAGAUAUUACGCCAAUCAGAAUGCGCUUCUUCGAUUAUCACUCUUUGUUUACGACAAGAAAGGUAACUUGUAAACCAGUUUAACAAAUUCCCCUCAACUCCAAAUCUUCUUAACUUGGCUAUCAGACCGCGAUUCCACACUCUAUCAAAAGCUUUGGAUAUAUCGAGGAAAACGGCCCUCAUCUCACUACCUUCCUCAACGGCCUCAUAAAUUUCGUGAACAAUAUAUAUAAGUUGCAUAACAGUGGAAUCCCCUGGACGAAAACUACUUUGAAAAAUGAUGAAAAAAGGCUACUUUCUCACAGAUCUUACAUAAACAUGGCAAAAGUGAAACUGAGCGAUAAUUAGUCUUCAGUUGACGGUCAUCUUUUUUAAACAACGGCAAAACAUUUGCAAGUUUCCAAGCACUUGGAUAUUGACCAAAUCGAAAUGAAGCGUUGAUUAAACUUGUGAAUGGUUUAUAUAGACCCUUACUGCAAUAUAUUAUAAUCUUAUUACUUAUGCCAUCGUAGCCAAUAGCUUUUGAAACGUUAAAAGAUGACAUAAGGUUACGAACCGUUUCUUCAUCCGCAGUGAUAACAGACAAGGAGUCUGAUGACCACCGACGGAGAAAGGGAAUUUCAGCAGAGUCACUAUUUGGUACUGAAGCUUGACUGGCAAAAUAAUCAUUGGAAACGUUAACUUCUUCUUUUGCAUCAGAUAUGAAACUCCUUCAGAGAUCACCAUACAUUACCAUACAUAGAUUUUACAAUACACCAACUUUUUUGGAAGAAAUUAUUUCCGUUAUUGUUGUUGAAGUAAAUUUAUGGCUUCCGGGACAAUAAAUGGACUAGAUUUUCAAUGGCUGAAAAUGCAUUUCCGGAAAAGUAGUCAGUCGCAACUAAUUAGGGGGCGUUCAACAAAUUCAUGGUUGUGCCUGUACUUUUGGACAGUAUGAGUACCUCGGGUCGCGCUUUUAAAAAAAUCGCCUGGUAUGCAGGUCUGAUGCUUAAUUAGUAAAGAGUUUGUUAGGAAAGAAGAGUGGAGCUCAGUGAAAAAGAGUAAUUUGCAGCAAGCAUUUAACGAAACUAUAAGUGUUUAAAAGGAAGCAGUUGAUUCACUUUCUUAGAAAGUUCAUGUUCAAUAUGCAAAUUUAUUCCGCGAUUCUACGGUAAUUUUGUGUUUCAAUUUUCCUGCAAUUUGGGCGGUCAACCAUGUGGUUUCAAAUGCCCAUGCACUUACAUCAAGCAUCAUAAUAAGGCCAAGCAACUUGAACCUUUCAAACUUAAUAUCCGCAUCUAGACCCUCUACAAUGUUAUCCAAAUGUUUCCCACGGCGGUGUUGUGUCAAACUCGGCCAACUUCCACCGCAGACGAACGAUAACGGAAACAGCGUGCGCGCUAAACCUGCUUUCGCUUUCAGCAGCCAAGUAUGAACAGAGAACGUUGACAAAACCACGAUCGAUAAAGUACGGCGGCUUUUAUGAUUGGACAAAGCCACCUGCAUGCAACUUUCGUCACGUGCACCUUGCGCUUUACUGAGAAACGCCCAUACGUGACGUCAGUUAUGUUAGAUAUAUUGCGUCACGUGGCAGAACACUUAAAUACUCAAUUCAGAAAUGUAAUUGAGAGAUUUUACUGAUGAAGCAACUUUGGGUUUGAAACGGUAAUGCCUUAGUCAGUCCAAGUACAAUUCAUGUAAUCUGGGUAAGUGUACUUUCCGUCGCCCCUCUCAUAAAAAACGUUUUUAACCCAACUUUGGGUUAUGCAGCAAUGAAUGUUUGAGAAUGAGCCCCAAUGUUCCAUUUAAAUGAAACUCAAAGUGCCCGUACUCAUUCUCCUAUACACUCUUCAAAUUGGACUCGAGGCGUUUUAACGCUGAGGGCAGUGAAAUGGCGUUGCAGGAGCUUAUUCAUCUCUGCUUUGGACCAAGGCUUUGAGAACCUUUGGUAGUAAACCUUUUUCUGCUGAAUAACCCCUUCCUAUGUCAAUUAAACUCGUGUGCCUAAAAGUUUAAUAGAUUCUCUGUGCACUGUCUGUGUUUGGCCUAACUUUUACUAAGAAAGCUACUACCUCUUUCAUCGUCCAAGGAACAGAAGGCAGGCCCCUGACUUCGUCAUAUAUACCGACUGUCUUGUGUAUUAGAUAGAAAAGGGAUACACGUCAUAUUUUCUUUUUCCAUGCCAACUACACUUCUCCCACUUCACGCCAUUGUGGUCAUUAUAUUUGUGGGAAGCGUAAAGACAGUGAGCUUUUCGUUUCUUUAAGAUGCAUACCUGACAAAUUUAUGCUCUUAUCAUAGAAUUUAUUUUUACAAAUUUAGUACAUAUAUACAGCUCCAGAACCUCCAGAUAUAAAAACAUAUAUUGGCGUGAUCUGUUAAUAUGGUAAGGUGUAAUUUACCCAUUGGCAAACAUUGUUUUCUUUUGAUAUAAGAAUGCAUGCAUGAUGAUGUAGUUACAGGUAGGUCUGAAUUUCUCCUGUUUAAAGACAUUUUGGAGUUAAAGAUGAAUGUAUAUAUUUAUAUUUAUAUAUUUCUGGGGGGUUCAAAAUUUUUGCAAACAGCUGUAUAUAUAUUCACAGCUCUGAGCACUUGAAAGUAGAUGAAGUCUUCAGUUUAUUUGCUGCUAGUUAUAUAUAUAUAUAUAUAUAUAUAUAUAUAUAUAUAUAUGAAUUUUCAUCUUUCAUGCAAAGCUCUCCUUACAGUUCAUGCCAUUCAUGGUCAUUAUUGUUUAUGGGUCAGUGGAAAGACGGUUAACUUCUCGUGUCUCUAAGAUACAGUCCUGACGAAAGGUCAGAACUUUUCUACAUGUAGCAGCUGAUAAUUUAUUAAAAAGACCAUAUCUUAGCAUGCGUUUUUACGUAUUAUAAAAUAUAUAUUAAUAUUAUAUAUUUGCCCUUUCACGUCGUUUAGUUCAGUGAUUUUAAACAGUACUCUAUGGUAGAGUAAAACUGCAAAUAAUUUAGCAGUCUCGCCAUGUGAAAGAUAUAGAGAGCAGGUAGUGCAAGCUAAUAUUCAACUUAGCAUAGUCGAAUUCAGGGUAUGAUUUAGUUACAAUUGGGACGUGCCUACCUCCCUUAUUGGAGUGCUACACAUUCCCGCAAAACAUUGAACUUCAGAGAUGCUUUCGAUAACUUAUAUUUUCUUGUUCCGAUUUGAUUGUUCUUCUGUUGGUUUACAGUGCCAGGAGUUAAUACUAGUUACAAGGUAGACUGCUUUACAAAGAGACCAUUCAGCCGUAACACUACUUAAUGAGUAAGACAACCAAUAUACGAAUUCCUGUUUUUAAUUCCGAUUUCAUUGUUCAGUGAAUUCAAACAGUACUCUAUUGUCAAAUACUGCGGUAAGGUAAAAUUGCAAAUAAUUUAGCAGUCUCGCCAUGUGAAAGAUCUAGAAAGCAGGUAGUCAAUGCUAAUUGUCAACUUAGCAUAGUCGACUUCAGGGUUGGACUUGUUACAAAUGAGACGUGCCUACCUCCCUUAUUGGAGUGCUACACAAUCCCGCAAAACAUGGACUUAAGAGAUGCUUUCGAUCAUCUAUAUUUCCUUUUUCCGAUUUGAUUGUUCUUCUGUUGGUUUACAGUUCCAGGAGUUAAGACUAGUUACGAGGUAGACUGCUUUACAAAGACACCAUUCAGUAACACUAUUUAAUAAACUGACUUCACUGACUUCAGACCUGAUACUAUGACAGCCAAUAUGCGAAUUCCUGUUUUUGAAAACUCAGCAGUUUCAAUGACCCUUUAUUAGCGUUGCUCGUGGGCUGAACGCGGUUUUAAGGAACAAAUGACGCCUUCCAAAAGACACUCGGGUCUGUUUUCAGAAGGUAUUAGUACUGAAAUUCCUCUAAUAACUCAGUAGCUAUCGCUAAGUCAACCUUUUCACGGGGGCGCAGUCACGGAUCACUACGACCUGACAUCAAUCUGUCUAAUCAACGUUCGGACUAGAUUUUUUUUUACAACCGCAUUAAAAAGAUUUUAAACGCACAUGAUUUCAGCUUCACUACGCAACAGACAGAACACAUAAUGAACCAUUAGGUUUAUUUUGCGUGUUUUGGCCGAGCACCAGAGUACAAUAAGUAAUCUAAUAGAAAAAACCAUGGAAAUCUAACACUAUCUUCUAAGUCCCUCCAAUAGCAGCUAGGAAAAUAACGAGAGCUGAGCAACCACUAACAAGACACAGUGGUUAGACGGGGGCCAGAAAAAACCUGCCGAAAAAAACCCCGUAGGGAAAAAAUAUGACAGGAAAUCUGGGUAGGAACCAGGCCCAAGCUCUGCAGCCCAUCCUACGAAAAAUAAAAAAUUAUAGUGAGUGGUGUCGGCCUAGAAUGAUUGCCCACGUGCAAUCCCAAGCUUAAAUACUCACACGCCAUUACCCAUGAUGCAACUACAUUAAAAAGACCCAGGCCCACGGCCUGCUGCUUUCGUGCCGCAGAAAUAAUUCGUAGCUAGCGACUCAAUCGCCAGAAAUUUCAUUUUCCGAUAUCGUUGCUCUCGCUUUCAGCAGCCAAAUAUGAACCGAGAACCUUGACAAAAUCACGAUCGAUAAAGUACAGCCGCUUACUCGAUAUUUCAGCUCCAUUCACACCAAAGCUUGAACGUGUUUAAAAGCGUCGGAGCGACACUCAUUACAACUUCUCCUCUUCCGUCGCAACCCAAACUAUCAACUAAGGUACCGCUGAACACAAGUUGUCUAUAACAGAUAUGAAUGAUAAUAAUGAAAACACCAUAUAAACAACAUUAAAUCGAAACACCUUGCAGUUUCUUUUACGAAACUUGGUAAAACAUGCCUACACAUCAAUGCAAGAGAUUAGAGAACCUCCAUUGAUUUGUUUUGUUGUCCUUUUGUCUGCCACUUAAUUACGAGCCGAUAAUUUCCUAACAGUUUCUUAGUGUCAGUUCAAACAUUGACCAUUCAAUGAAUCGACAAUGAAAUACGUGACAUUAGUUCGUUGUAAAACACGCAAACUAUAAUUACCGGUAUUUAAGCAACAGCAAUUACUACAAGAUGACAAAAGAAAUUUUCUAAAAAAGCGACGGCCGUGGAAAUAAAUUUAGAAAUAAAUUAGAUAUACAUUUAGAAAUACAGUUAGAAAUACAUUUCAACUUUUACGAAAUAGACAAUGACGAGGCGGGCGUUAGCAAUCAGAAAACAAUUACAUUAACAUACCGGAAAGCGGACAAACUUCUUAUAACCCAUCUAAACAGGGGUAAAUACAGAUUGAAGUGCCAGGUUUGGCCAAGGCCUUAGUUUCUCACUAAAGUAUUAAGUUCGAUGUGAAGGAGUAUGGUUUCACAACUACAAAGCCCUUCAUCUGUUCAUACAAGUGUUACUAUGUUGCCAAGAGGUCCACGGUGAUACAGGCUGCAAAUUACCAGUGAGAGUUUGUUUAAAAAUCACUUUUGACCUUGUUCUAGUUAAAUUUAAUUCGACUAGAAAUUUUGGAAGAUAAAAGAAAAUUUAAAUGGAAUUAAGACUCGCCGCGAUUUACAUCUCUUUAAUAGACGAGACCUAAUAAUAGCUUUGUAUCGGGACUGGGCAUAAAAAAAAUCAUCUUUCCACUAUUUAGCCUAUCGUCAGUGAUUUAUGAGUGCCUGUCAAUGUAAGCAAAAUACAAGUUAUUGUUUAACAUAACACGAUGUUUUACAGCCUGAGGCCAAGAGGCUAUGGAAUGAAUUGUGAAACGCUUUCAUGAUAUUAUCAGGUUAUUAGUAUUGCUUACAAACGAUUAUCGCCACGUCGUGAUACAAUCUUCCCAUUAAUCACACUUGCCUUCGCCAAAGGAGGCGACAGUAAUAAGUUAUCCACUUAUCUUUAGAAAUACGCUGUGGCUACAUGCGUUACAAAUAAUAUCGUCAACAUGUGUCCUUACCCGAUAGAAAAACAGAAGAACAAAAAUCAAAAACAAGAUUAAAUUUUUUCCACUGAAUGUGGGAAGAGAAAGAAAUGUUCCUUUCCACAUUCAAAAGCUUUGUGAAAUAAGUUUCACCACUGAAUGAUACUUAUAUAAUAGUCGUCAAAGUUUAAUGACACUAAACCGGCGCGGUGACCCACGUCACUUUUUCAAAAGUGUAUUUCCCGAAUAAAUAGAACACGCAACAUGACACCAACUACUACACAUAAAUAAAAGCAACGUGAAAGACGUGAAAGGAUUGUUGCUUUCACAAGAAAUGUAACUACCUACGGGUCCUAAUACCACCAAUUCUUCCCACUAACUGCACUUGCCAGGUCACUGUAUUCGCGUGUUUUAACAAAGGAGAACGCAACGUUCAUAGCUCAAAACAAUUUAAAAAGAUUGUUUUAUUAACACUUCGUAAAUACCAAUGGGUCUUAAUACUGGUUAUUAUUACACUAAUAACGCCCCCUUUCACUUUCGACACCAUUGAAAUCAUCGUCACACACUGAUUAAUGAUAAAAAAAAAUAACAAAAUAAUAACAAAGAUGCUAGCCCUCAAAUUUGGCAGCAUAACACAAUUAUUAACUAAAAUUAUAACUAUUGUCAUAAUAUUUAAUGUAUCGUUUGUCGCCUUUUUGGGUCUAGCCUUUUAAAAUAUUUGUAUCGGUUCGACUCAUUAUCAACACCAUUUUUAACUUUAAAUACAGUGUAGCCCCACACACCCUCACUUAAAGCCGUCAAUCAAACACUCAAAAAUAUUCAUCGGUCAUUUUCUUACAUCUCUACACAACGGCAUAUGCAGAAAUUCACACGUACAGCGAAGUUCGAAGGAGACGAGGACACAAAGCGCAAAAUAAAGGGAAGAAGGUGAGAAAGAAGUAAGCGCCAAGUAUUUCUGUUUGAACAGAAGCUGAGGGAGAAAGCCUACGUUUUCAAGGACAAAUACGUAGGAAAUAGGAAGGAACGGAGUUCAUGAAAUAACAGUGAUGUUUACCUUGUCUCUUUUUAAAAAUCCAAGCGUUUGCAAAGCCCCAUCUUUCAGUUUGACUUAAAAUUCAAUUCACGAGAACCCUCAAGCGAAUGUUUCAAAGUAAUAAAGAGUCAUAAGUGUCGUAGGGUAGAGAUUGUUAUUUCCAGGUAUUUCCUUGUGCUCGUGAAUCAAUCCAGCACUGAUCAGUAAACCUCCAGAACAUUCUUGGAAGUGUUUACAAUUCUUAGUUAUUUUUUUUGUACACACACAAAAUAGCCCGCCCAGCAUGUCGUGUUGCUGCACGAGAAGCGCUAAGAAUAAAAACGUGUCAGCUAAAUGAGAAAACAAGAAAGAACAUUGUCAAAACGUUCGGCGCACAAAUUGUCAUUUUUAACAUUAACACAAACACGCUAAAACGCAAAACCACGAUAACUCUUGAUAAAGUGAUCAGUGACGUUGAACAACAGUCAAACAAACAACAACAUUAAAAGAACAAAUCCGUCUCAAGAGUUAUCGUAUCUACGAGCAACAUAGAUUUCUAACCUAGCAAGCUCUCCGGGGCGCUCUGGCAGCGGGGCGGAAAGCUUGCUCGCAGGCUCCCACCCCGCUGCCAGAGUGUCCCGGAGAGCUUGCCCGCAGGCUACGUAGAUUUCUUAAUCUUAACUCAGAGUAUGUCGAAGCUAAGGAAAAGAGAAUCAAUCAUUAAUCCAUGGACUAAAUUCGCAGGUUCUUGUUUCCACCGUUUGGUAUAAACGAAGUUUGCUAUACACUAACUAAAUAAUCUUACAAUUUGCGUAAUAGCGCUAAGAAACGUUUAUCCUUUCAGUUAUCACACCCCUGAAAAGCCAAAACGUCAAAACUUAAUAGGUGCUAAUUUUUAAUCGAAGUAUGACUUGACAAAAAACUUCUACAUCUGUUUCAGCAUGUUUGAUGGGACUUACUUGAAGAGUUCAAGUUCAAGUUCAAGUUCUUUUAUUCACACUUAUUCAAUUACAAUACAACAAUAACAUUGAAUUAAACAUAAAAAAGGAAGAGUGUGUAGCAGCCAAAGGAGCCAAGCUUUCGAGUUGGCUACUACCACAGAGCAAUUACAAGUGGGUGGAGGUUAUACGGUACUAAUAAAAAAAACACUUAAACUCUUAAAUUCUGUACUGUUAAACUCUCCACGCGUUUAACUCUCCACCCGCCAUCUUGCGCGAUCCCGAACGUGAUAUUUUCAUACCACCAUUCCUCAAGUUUCCUGUCGUCCCAAGAGUUAUUUUCUACGUUCUUCUGGGCGUUAUCCUGGGCGUUGUUCUGGGCCCAUAACCUGAUAAGAAUCUGUCUUUAAUCCAAACCGAAAGACGGUUACAACUAGAACUGUGAAGACUGUGCCAUACACGCUUUGUUACUACGGAGUUUAACAAACAGCGUCUGAAUUCUAAUGCACUGUGAAACUAUAGAGUGGCACGCCAAAUUGAUGCAAAGCUUUGAUACAAAUUCUACCCCUUUGAGUUUUGGAUCCUACAUACAUCGGAAUAACUUAUUUCAAGUAGGCUUCUAGAUAUUUUACAAACCAAUGAAACAAGCACAAGUGCCUUCUAGAGUUCAUUUCAAUUAAUCUUAUUCCGAAAUACGGUGAAUCAAACACGACCAAAAAUAGUAAACUUUUUUUUUACUGUAUAUAACGCUUCACACAUUAUAUAGGGGGAUGUUUUUAUCUUUACUCCAAGGUUAUUUUUAGUAUUAAUAUUACGUAUAACUUGACUGACGUGUUUGGUCGAGUGUUUCGAACAUAGCGCACGAAAACGCAAAUCAUUUCAAAUCAUUCUUGUAUUUUUUUUUUCUUUUUGUAUUUUAUUUUUACUACUAUUAUUUUUUUUAACGGGACGCAAAGCGAAGUAAGUUUGUAUCAAAGUCAGACCUGUGAACACGCUCCACACACAUAUUUAUCAUUGUGGCAAACUAAAAUUUCAGUUCUUUAAGUCUGUUUAAGUCUUCCCGACUAUCAGUAUUUCAGCCAAAUCGCCCACAUGACUUGGCAAUAACUAGUGAGUUGGACGGCAUAAAAGUAAUAAACAAUAAGGGUCACCCAGCUUUUGUAUUCAUUAGUUACGGUGCUGUUAAGGAAAUACGCUUUCACGGCCGUGGUUUACUAAUGACUAUUUAUUUCUUUUUAGAUGGCUGAUUCAGACGUAUCAAUGGUAAGAUUAUUAAACGUUUUAUUCAAUAAAACAAUAAUACUAUAAAUACAAUGAAAGAGAAACAAAGCGAACCUUAGAUCUAGAUAAAAAUAGAGUAGCAAGUUAGGAAACUAAGCUAAUAACGCCGGAGAAUGCUCUUUAAAAAUGUCUCGCAUGCAAUACUAAGGGAAGCAACCUGUUUACACAAAAAUAACUUUCAACACUGAAUACUGUUCUUAGUCUAGUUUAAUACCGUGGCUCAAGCUUAUUUUUUCAGCGUCUUGGGUACGUUUUUUGAUAGGUUUUUUUUACGCUCGACAGAUCCAACUAUGACAUUUGUGUUAGUUGGAAGAGUUCAGCCAGAGUAUCUCCUGGCGAAAGGGCUGUUUUUACGAAAAAACUGAGCAGUCAGGAACCUACGGCAAACAAAGUUUGUGCAACAAGAAGAGACUAACUGUGUAUUUCUCCAGUUUAUUUUCAAACAAACCUUUACAAAACGAAAUACUAUAACAUUCACAGAAAAAGUCGAACCCGUCCGCCACUUUACUAAAGAGUCAACCGAACUUUUUAUCACCAGACGUAAAUGAAUUUCUGUGAUUAGGAGAAGGGUUAGGAAGAUGCAGGAUGUGGGCGAGUUUCUAAUGCGCUAUCUUUUUCGCUUUUUUAAGGAAUCAGACUCUUCUAGUGACAAGAGGUGAGCCACUAACACGCUACAAAUCAGGGUUAAACAUGAGGAAGUGCGGGUUUGCUCCAGUAACUUUUGUACAAAUAAAAGACACUAAAGAAAAGCUCGCUACUGCUUCUGCGUAUAUGCUUGUUUGUAAACCUGGCAGCGAUUAGAUUUUAACAGCUAAACUCUAGGCAAUACAAUGCCGCUCACAAAUAAGGUGGUUUUUUCAGAUUUACAUGUACUUAAUAAAGGUAUUGCUGAAUAACAUUGGACGGCUGUACCUUUCUAUGGGCAAAAACGUCAAGUAACUUCUAAGGAAGCUAAACGAUGCUGUAAAGUGUUCAGCAUUUUAAUGGUAAAAUGUUAGUACGUUCCUUUUUCUGGCGGUGCCCUUUCAAAAACUGAAUAUUUUGGGGACAAAAACUCACUUUGUUGGUACUGACCUGACUUUUCCUUUUCAUUUAGCGACGAAGAAAUGGAUACAAGCAGCGAUUCCGGCAGUUCACCCACAAAUCAGCCCGUGGUGCCCUUCGCGCUUGGGCAGGUUAAAAUACUGUUUACCAAACCUUCCCACGCAAAACACCUACUAACAUCUGAUAUUCAAAACAAUGAUCUUAAAAAUAUAUUCCACUGACACAAGAAGUAAAUGUUAGCAAAAUUCCACUCCUUUUUCAAAAACACAAGCGAAUUUAUAUUUUUUGCUCUAAUAAAACACACAAGGAAAUGAAGUAAGACCGACAGACGGACAGACCGACUCACUAAAACUGACCGAUUCUCUAAUCGAGUGAUUUACCGAGCUCUUGACAACCCGGCCGAGCAGCCUGAGUGACCAACAUCAGCUUUAACCACUGAAAAGAAUGUUAAAAUCCUAUAAUUUUGUUACGUCAAACGGCAACUCGCCUCUCCUUCUUUCAAAUUUUAGUCGCCCAGAAAAGUUUACUUUUUCUUCUGAACCUCAUUCACACAAUUUAUUCCAGCGUAUGUCUCAGUUUAAUCAAAAUGCUGAUUCUCUCUAACUUACUAGGGGACCAACGCCGCGAACCAAGGUAUACGCCAGCAAAAUGAUCACCAGGCAAAUCAAGCCAGGUAAAACACUAAAAACAGUCACGUCUGUAAAGAACUUUACUAAACAAAUUAUCAUCUCCACCAUAUAGUACCCACCCUAGCUAACUUACUAGUAGUAAUCACAGAAUAGGGAGGCGUAUUCAACCAAAAGUCGAGAAGGUGGUGGUGAAAUAACCUGCUUUCGGGAGCAAAUGAACAGUUUCCUGGCCGAAAAUUACACAUUGACAAAGAUACCAUAAAAAACAUACUUAGUUGGAAUGUCGCCACAGCAGGAGGCCAGAUCAUUCCGACCAGUUUACAAUGACAAACGUACGUUACACUAUGCACAACAACGUCUAAUAAAAGGUCAUAGUUUCACUUGCGCUUAAGGGCACAUCUCUGCUGACCCAUAAACUACAAUUCGGCGUAUUUUAAGGGCGAGCAAAGGCUGCUUGUUACUGAUGAGUUUUUGUACUACUGCGGCCGGCCGCCAUCUUUCAUUUUAUCGAUGACGCGAAUAGACGUUAACUUUCUGUUUUACGUAUCUUUCAGGUACGGUCUACCAAAUAUGGUAGCGGCGUCGAGUCAUGCUCAACCACAGGUGUAUAUGGAAUCUUCUAUUUCAUUCAGUAAACAAGUAGUAAAAGUAACGUCGGUAAAUCCAUAAAGCGAAACUUUUGCUCCGAGGUAUCUUCUCGAAAUGCUGCGUAGUCUCUGCACAUUAGAACGGACUUUUCAGUUCAAUUAGUUCUUAUUUUCCUAGUUUACUUUAGUUAAGGGUUUAACCGGUUCUUUUUUUUCUUCAGGCUAACAAUGACAUGCCGGAUCCUGUGGCAUUUUUCCUUUUCUUAGUCUUUAUCAUCUUACUACAAAAUGAUAACUGAAUGAAAUUCAUAUGCUCAGUUUUGCAUGUUUAACUUUUGUCAAAGCCUAAUUUUAAAAUAGUAAUGUCGAUUUUAGGAAUCUCUUUGCAACACUUUUAGCGAUAAAAACUCGAGUGGCUAUUUUCAUAGUGUUGUUAUUUAAUAAUAAAAACUUAUUUACCAGUGUUUGAUGUUGUUUAGUGACACUUAAGCCAUAGAAAGAGCUGUGGUACAGAACCUGCUAACAUCCAUCCCCUUUUCCACUGACUACAGAGAUACUUUUGUCAAUAUCAAUGAAUCAUAUUCAAGUAAGCGUGUCCUGUCAGUUGGUGUGCCUCAAGGGUCUGUUUUAGGGCCAGUGUUAUAUCUUAUGUAGACAUCUCCUCUCCGUGAAGUUAUUGAGAGCUAUAAUAUCAAUUAUCAUCUGUAUGCUGAUGAUAGUCAGCUUUCCGUUGCUUUUAAAACAAAUGAUGCAUCCUCGAUCAAAACCUGA